ACAUCAACACCAUUGAAUACACAUUUCAAACAAGCAGCUGUCAGAAAGACAACAGCAACAUCAGUAUCAGCAUUAACAGCAACAAUAACAUCAUCAUCACCAUCAUUAUCGUCAGCAACAAUGACAUUAACAACACCACAUUAUCAAACAACAACAACAGCAAAAACGCCAACAAUUGUGUCAUUAUCAUGGCCAUCACUAUUAAGCUGCAGUCAUUUCGUAUUGCUGCAAGUGAUUUUACCCUUAAUUUAUUUGUGCAUCAAAUGCCCAGCGUGUUGGCUGGUUCAUGCCGUGAGGCACAAUUGUGUUGCAAUGGCCGUGAUUCAUCGUGUGUGGUGCAAAAGGCACCCAUUAAUGCCAUCAUUGAGGAUUUAAGUGAUAAACCUUGUUAUUGUGAUCAUGCCUGCUUGAAAUUGGGCGAUUGCUGUAGUGAUUUUAAAGAUCAUUGUGGAGGUAAGUGGAAGAGGAAAGUUUAUGCACAUUUUAAAUGA